AUGGCUGAAAGUGAAACUUUGGACAUGGCUUCUUCUGGGGUUUUUGAUGCCACAGAGUUCGAAAUGGCCCCUGUUGAUGAGGGAGAGAGUGAAGGAGAUCCUGGCUUCAUGUCCGCGGAGGUCGAAAUGGCCCCGGUUCUUCAGAGAGAGGAGGAAGAAGACUCUGGUUUUGUGUCCUGGGCUGGCGAAAGAAAUCCUCAAGUCCUUGCCCCCCUAGGCUUUCGCCCGGUUUGGUCCAAUGUGGAUGGAUACCCUGGCGAAAUCCCAGCUGACAUACUGGAGUGGGUUGGCCCUGAAAAUCCAACCGCUGCCGACCAUCUCAGAUUGGUUGGGCCCAUUUCUAGUCUGCUCUGGCUGGCUCGCUUUGAUGAUCUCGCCCAGAUCAUGCUGAGCCCAGAAUUCAUCGCGUGGGAUGAAGUGAUUGCGGUGCCCUCGAGCGCCAAUAUCCGGUCGUUGCUUCCCGACUUGGCCGCCGAUGAGCGAAUUCCAAGCUCGCUAUACCAAAGGUACACCGAGUACCCUCCGGCUUCAAUGUCAGCGGCCUUUGACUCCCCCGAAGCGUCUGUACCCUCGUGCGUGACCACCACUGCGGAGUCAUUCUCCCUGCUGAGAUUGUAUCCGCUUGCCGCCGACCAGCAUCUGCCCGCCAAACUUCUCUCGGCGCGUAUUUCCUUCGAUAAGCCGAACAAGCUAGCCCGACGAAUCGAAAGGGACUUAAUCAGCACACUCGGAAACGAUCUCCUUUUCCGUGGAACGAAGCGGCGGCUUCUGAAGCCGCAGAUGAAGUGGUUCGUUCCUGUCCUGAACUCAUCAAACACCGACAACGAGUUUGGGCCGGGAAUCUAUACAACCCCCUCCCUGGAACACGCUCUUCACUACGCCGGCCCCCAGGGAGUGUUGCUCGUCUUCAAGAGCCCAGACUUCCAUAAUGUCGAUGUUUGGGAACUCGAUGGUAUCGAAUGGCGCACCACAGUCGAUCACUGGACAGGUCGCAGGGCAGCCACCCAAAAACCUCCUGGGUGGGGAAGUGAUGUGACAAAGGGGCCCAUCUCUGUUGCUCGCCCUAGAUCAUCAACCAGGAUCCGUGACCCCGGCCCUCAUACUCAGGUUGUCGCCACUGCCUACCCUGGAGCAGCCGCACUUGCGCUUUCGCUAUGUAUGGUGAUCUGGAUUGAGUAG